AUGUGCUGCGACAUUUUCAUUCGCCUGCUACAGCAAGCGGCGGCGGCAUACGUCGCACACAAUACCGAUUCCCUGCGCCAGCAGCCACCUGAGCAUGCACCACAGAAGCGCCCACUGCAGUCUUCAGAUGAGUACACUGGGAGUAAUAAGAAGCCACCCAAAUGUGGGACAAACAACAUGAAGCCUUCUCAGAGCGUAUCCGCAAGGCCCUCUGGUCCAGAGAUGGAAAACAACUAUGCACAGCUUGGCAAAGGGAGGAGGGAUGCUCCAUACCCAAGCACGACUCGAAGCAUAUCUGCUCCGGUUGCGGAGCCACAACGCAUGGAGCCCAGAAGUGCCCUCAUGCACAGAAGGCUUCAUCCAUUGACUCCAUAUAAGGCAGAUGCAUGGGAAUGA